AUGGCCAGAGUAUUUUCUGUAUUAAGGGAAGAGAGCGAGUCUGUAUUACAGUUGAAAGGGCUUACGCCAACUGGAGCAUUGCCGUUAGGAGCAUUAUCUGGAGGAAAAACGAGUCUCAAGAAUGCACUGCAAGGAUUCUCACCGAAUCACAAGAUUACCAGUUUCGCAGAGGCUAAGGGUCUCGACGCAAUCAAUGAACGUAUGCCUCCCAGGAAAGAUGCGCCUCCUUCGCCAUCAGCUGAAGAAAAUCCACAGGACCACAAUCACACUCAAACAAAUGCACACUCGUGA